AUGACCAUCAUCAACACCUGCGGUGCCAGCGCCAGCACCAACCCAAAGUUCCCUGCCAUUGUCAUCUUUGGUGACUCAACAGUGGAUCCCGGUAACAACAACUAUAUCGACACAAUCUUUAAAGGCAACAUAGCCCCAUAUGGGAUAAACUUUCCAGGCCACGUUCCUACAGGCAAGUUUUCGGAUGGCAAACUUGUUACGGACUUUGUGGCAUCUUCUUUAGGGAUCAAAGACGUCGUACAGCCUUUCUUGGACCCAAAUCUAACAAACGAUGACCUCCGCACCGGUGUUAGCUUUGCCUCUACUAAUUCCGGAUAUGAUGAUUUAACUACGUUGUUGUCCAAUGUCAUCACGGUUUCAAGGCAAGUUGAGAUGUUUAGAAGCUACAUAGAGAAGCUUAAGGGAAUUGUAGGAGAUGAAGAACCAACAACAUCAUUGCUGAGGCUCUGGUGGUAG